CCAGGUUAACGCCGCGCGCGCGCGACCUUCGAGCCGCUUUAAGGGCAUGUUUUGCCCAGUUCGAAAAUGGUGGCCGUAGCCUCAGUGCGCGGCCGCUCUGUGCGCACCUGGAGGACCCGGGUUCGCUGCACCAGAGGGCGGGGCCCUGGGCCGUAAGUCAAGGGCAGGAAAAGCGCCUGCGCCUCCGGGCUGCGGUGUCCACGAGCUUGGCGGUGUCGUAAAGGGCCACGGCAGCGGCAGAGGAGAUGGGUCCCCACGGCCUCUUAAAGGGACCGCGCCGCCCCGGCGGGAGGAGGGGCGGGGUCCCUCUGUUGAGCCCCCUGUGCCCCCCAGGCCUCGCCAUGCUGAGCUGCCCCCUGCUGGGCUCCCUGCGCCUCUGCCUGGAGCGGCGCCCGCCCCUGGUCUGCUUCUGCCUCUGCCUCUUCUCAUUGGCCGCCGCCUUCCUCGCCUUGGCCGCCCACAUCCAAUGGCAUGAGGUCAGGGACGCUGACGUCACCCAGGACUGGAACUCACUCCUGGAGUCCCUGAGCCACCUGAGCUUCUGCACCGACAACGGGACGUGCGGGGGGCCAACAACUCCGGCCUCCACCCCCAGGGCUGCCCCCCCUUCACCCAGGGCCCCCCCAGCACUCUCAGUCUUGGUGGGCCUAACUUUCAGCCUCCCCGGGGGAGGGCGACCCAACGCCACCCGCCUGGCCCUGACGGUCACCGGCCACCAGCUGGGACUUGGGGGUCCAGACACCCAGCAGCCAAUCCGCCUGGUGGUCGUCACCCCGUGGCCCCCCGGGCCCAGCCCCCAGGGCAGCUGUCUGAGCCUGGCAGGCCCUCCCUCCGUGCUGCCCCAGACCAGGGCGCCACCCCUCUGCAAUGUAGGGGAUCUGCCUGCCCAGUCCCUGGAGGAGCCGGGGUCCUGCUACCCACCUCACUACCAGCCUGACCCCACCCUGACCACCAUGCUGACCCUGGUAAGGGGCGGGACGGAAUGA